AUGAACGACGCAACACCGGGAAAUCCCUGGGAGGGUUUACCGCCAGAACCAAAGCCAAUAGAAUUUGACUGUAAGGCUUCUGACUUCCGUUUAACUGAGCUACAAAAAGACAUGCUAGACUCUACAAAGUAUUGGGAAACGGAGCUUAUAACGUUUGUCAAAGAAAAUCAACACACUAAUGAUAAUGUAACGUGUGGCGCAAUGUAUCAUAAGAGGUCACGCGUUCAUGCCAAUUCAACACCUUACUCACGUAGUCGUACCUCGCCAAUGGUUCAUGAAGUAGUCGAAGAAGUCAACAAGAAUAGUUUGAAAGUUGACAGUUCUCACCCACAAUUGCUGACUGAAGAUUCAACUAGUAAUAAAUUUCUAUCCUUUCUUAAUAUAACUGAAAUACGACGAAUGAUGCUUGAUACAGUAGAGAAUUCCGAUUAUCAAGCUCCAUCUUCUCAACAAAAUUCGGGAGGUGUUCUCAGACGCGUUAAGACACGUAUGCACAUGGGUUUACCAUAUACACGCCCGGCGGCGGAUUAUAUAAACAAAGCGAAUUUUCAUCGAUUGGAAACAUUCGUAAGACCUCGAAUUGUAAAUAGUUAUUAUAAAGUUUCAAACUGGUUCUCUAGCUUAUUGGAGGAUUUUAAGGAAUUUCUAUUAAUUGGAAAUGUUGCCGAUGAUCCAUUUGUCUUGUUUAUGAAGGAGAAUCCAUCAAUAUUCAAUCAAACGAAUUAA